ACUGUAGCCAGUCAGUAUUCAAUCUGUCCCACAAUGAUUCGCAAUGCCUUGGGGCUUGUGAUCGGUCUGAUCUUGGGCAUUCGCCUCACGGAGUACUGGGACUACAGCCACAUGAGAUCCAUGACAAAGAUGGUAACACCUCAGUCCGAGGACAGGGCCUGGCUCUUCAAUGAGACUCGCGUGCUGUGCCUUGUGCUGACAAAUCCCCUGGAUAUUACGAGGAUGAAGGCCAAAGUGAGGUCCACGUGGGGCAAGCGGUGCAACAAAUUGAUAUUCAUGAGAAGUCAGAUACAGAGGGGAUUGAAUGGCAGCACAUUUGCCAGAGUUCAAGAGGCUUUGCGAUCCAUCUACAGGAAUCACUUCCAGGGUUACGACUGGUUUCUCAAAGCAAAUGCCAAUACCUAUGUGAUUAUGGAGAACCUGAGACGUUUUCUCUAUCGCUAUGAUCCGGAAUCUUCGCUGGUCUUCGGUCACCGACAGAGAUCGGACUUCAGGGAGGGAUAUAUGCAUGGGGCAGCGGGCUAUGUCUUGAGUCGCGGAGCAAUGCGUCGCCUGAAUCUGUUUGCUUUCAAUGGCAACUCCAUUAGCUGA